AUCAAAGUGAACAGACGCAUUGCGCGCUGCGUUGAAAAACUGCAAACUAAACGAACGAGAACGAACUGAACUGUUCAGAAAUUCAAACACACACGCGACCAAUGAUUAAAUAUAGAGAGUAGUGCGUUUUGUUUACGUGUCGUGACGCGUGUGCCAAUAACAACAAAAAUAACAAAAACAAAACAUAAAGUUAAAGUGCUAAAACCCAAAUAAUCUAAACAAAAUGUCGCUGACCACGGAUUAUCCGGAGACUACGACCAGCGCUCCGGAGCUGUAUGCAGAGUUUAUAGCGGCGCCAGCGAGCAGCAUGAGUCCCGCUGCCAUAGCGGAGCACAUGCAGCAGAAUCAAAUCACAUUCGAGAUUCCCAGCGCACACGAUUUGCGGCACAUUGAUGCGCUGCAUUCGUUCAACGCGCUGCUGCAGCGCAUUGGCAGCGCUGCCGCGCCAGCUGCCUCGGCCAGCAUCAGCACCGAACAGUUGUCCAACUCGGUGGUGCUGGAUCUGGCGGAUUUGCGCGAUGAGGCGGCAACGGAUGCGAACGCCGCCUCGAGUUGGGAGCAAAUCUUUGGCGAUGCGGAUAUGCAUGCGAUCAUUAACUAUUUGUGGAUUGGUGUCGUCACAUCGCUGGUGGUGCUGUCGCUUGUCUUCAUACUCUUCAGCUGCUACUUCUAUCGCAAGUUUCGCACAUGGAAAAAAUGCAACAAGGAUAUACGCGCUCAGCUGCCCCACCACGAUUCGUACUCCUCGCAUGGCGCCAGUCAACACCUGAUUAGCUGCGAUGCCAGCCGCUUGCUGCAGCAGCUGCCACCAAAUGCGGCUGCAGCUGCAGCUGGAGCUGGUGGAGAAGCCGCCUUUUAUCAAAUUGAAUCGCCGCCCUGUUACACAAUUGCCACGGGCCUGCCAAGCUACGAUGAGGCGCUGCAUCAUCAGCCGCGUCAUUUUGCCUACGGCAUGAAGUUUGUAUAUCCAAGCCUGGCGGCCGUGCAUCACCAUCAUCAUCAUCAGCAUCGCCACCGCGCCUGCAUUAGCAGCUGGGAGAAGGACGAAUUGCAGCAGCAAACGAAUAAGCUGCAAAAGUGCAAACUGUCAGCGACACUGACUACAGCCCCAGCCGCAGCUUUGACUGCAGACCAGACGGACAAAGCCUUGCCAGCCAUUUGCAUUAACAUGCCGGAUGAGCAGCACGAGGAGCCUGAGGAGCGGCGGCAUGUGUCGACAGAAGCUGCACAAAGUUUGUUGCCAGCGGCAGCUGCCGACGAUGAUUGCGCCUCAUUGGUUGUUGUUGUUGCCGCGUGAUUGCCCAGCCACUAAACUGGUAGCAGAGAUGGGAGCAGCUAGAUGCUGGUUACAUGCUUAGUCACUUGUAAAUAAAUAGUUGCAUCAUCGGCUGCCCACACACUGCUGGGUGAUGAUUUGGUUUCGUUUUUAGUUAGUUCAACAUUUGUUAUAUAUAUCGCGUAUUAUGCAAGACUGAGUAUUAUUUAUUAUAUAUGUGUAAAAAGUAGUCUAAGCCUAAAUGUUAAUAAUCAAGAAGAAGAAAACUAUGCAUAAAAAAAAACAAACAUGCAACAAAAUUAAACAUACACAACUAU